CCCAUGGGAUCUGAGCGGAUGGAAAUGCGCAAGCGGCAGAUGUCAGUGCAUCAGGAGACAGCGAGUGCCACCCAGGCACAGCAAGGUGUUGGGAACAGGGGAUCUAAUGCAUGUUGCUUCUGUUGGUGCUGUUGCUGCAGUUGUUCAUGCCUCACUGUUAGAAAUCAGGAAGAUGAGCGAACAAGGAGAUCAUCUAACGAAAUCAGAGGCGAGGGAAUACCAAACUGUGAAGAAAGUCCAUCUCCUACUCUAGAAGAUGUGUACUCUUGGGGACAAUCAUUUGACAAGCUCAUGACAACUCCCUGUGGAAGGAAUGCUUUCCGGGAAUUCCUCCGAACAGAAUUUAGCGAAGAGAACAUGCUAUUCUGGAUGGCGUGUGAAGAUCUUAAGACGGAAGCAAAUAAAAAUGUGAUAGAAGAAAAAGCAAGGCUAAUAUAUGAAGAUUACAUUUCUAUUUUAUCUCCCAAGGAGGUAAGCCUGGACUCCAGAGUGAGAGAAGUUAUCAAUAGGAAUAUGCUUGAGCCAACACAACACACUUUUGAUGAUGCUCAACUGCAAAUCUACACCUUAAUGCACAGAGACUCCUAUCCACGAUUUAUGAACUCUGUAAUUUACAAGAACCUUCUUCAGUCUUUAUCGGAACAAACCACUGACGAGUCCUAGUUUUGUUUCAUUUUUUGUUUUCCUAUAUUUUUGUUAUUUUUAUUUAUUUGGAAAGAAAAUCAUGGGUACUGUCCUUGGCAGGGAGUUUAGAGCUACCGAGACCUUCAACAGAAAGUUGUUCUCAGGCAUAUUUUAAUAUGGACUAUUGACAUUUUUUCUGCAGAGGGCUCUUUGUUGCUGUGUCAGUUGCAGCUAGCAAUCAAACGUUUUCAA